UUCAAAUAUAAAGAAAGCCCUCGGGUCAGUCGCCCAUUCACCUACCUUUCUGCAUUUCUUCUUUCACAUUUGCUGCUGCUCUGUAGAAGCUGAAUCAGGCGAAAUGGCGUUCGAGAAGAUCAAGGUCGCCAAUCCUAUUGUUGAGAUGGACGGAGAUGAGAUGACCAGAGUUAUAUGGAAGCUCAUCAAGGACAAGUUGAUUCUGCCAUUCUUGGAGUUGGAUAUAAAGUACUUUGACCUUGGCCUUGAACACCGAGACGCUACUGAUGAUAAAGUUACAGUGGAAAGUGCAGAAGCUACUCUCAAGUAUAAUGUGGCAAUUAAGUGUGCAACUAUCACUCCUGACGAAGCCCGUGUGAAGGAGUUCAGUUUGAAGUCCAUGUGGAAAAGUCCGAAUGGUACAAUCAGAAAUAUUCUGAAUGGCACUGUCUUCAGAGAACCCAUUCUCUGCAAAAAUGUUCCCCGUCUUGUCCCGGGAUGGACAAAACCAAUCUGUAUUGGAAGGCAUGCUUUUGGAGAUCAAUACCGCGCUACUGAUACCGUAAUCAAAGGCCCCGGAAAGCUUAAACUUGUUUUUGUGCCAGAAGGGAAGGAUGAGAAGACUGAACUUGAAGUCUACAAUUUCACGGGUGAGGGUGGGGUUGCUUUAUCAAUGUACAACACAGACGAGUCCAUCCGUGCAUUUGCUGAUGCUUCAAUGAAUACCGCAUACCAGAAAAAGUGGCCAUUGUAUCUUAGCACAAAGAACACCAUUCUUAAGAAGUAUGAUGGAAGAUUCAAGGACAUAUUCCAAGAAGUUUAUGAAGCCAGCUGGAAAUCAAAGUUUGAGGAAGCAGGAAUAUGGUACGAACACCGUCUAAUUGAUGAUAUGGUUGCAUAUGCUCUCAAGAGCGAAGGGGGUUACGUGUGGGCUUGCAAGAACUAUGAUGGAGAUGUACAGAGCGAUUUCUUGGCACAAGGAUUUGGAUCUCUCGGGCUGAUGACCUCCGUGUUGGUGUGCCCUGAUGGUAAGACAAUCGAAGCCGAAGCAGCCCAUGGAACUGUUACCCGUCACUACAGGGUUCAUCAAAAAGGAGGAGAAACCAGCACAAACAGCAUUGCCUCAAUAUUUGCUUGGACUCGUGGGCUUGCACACAGGGCCAAGUUGGAUAACAAUGCGAAGCUCUUGGAGUUCACCGAGAAGCUAGAAGCAGCUUGUAUUGGUGUUGUCGAAUCUGGAAAGAUGACAAAGGAUCUUGCACUCAUCAUCCAUGGCUCCAAGCUCUCCAGAAGCCAGUAUCUGAAUACCGAAGAAUUCAUUGUCGCAGUUGCCGAUGAGCUCAACGCCAGACUUUCUUCUUGAAAAUUGGCAAAAUGUUUUACUGGUGUGGCGGAUCUGGAUAUUCCCUGAAAAUGUUACAAAGCCACGGUAAGUUACUUCUUUACCUUUACCGGAACACAUUGUUAUGAAAAAUUACUGGUGAAUAAAGAUGCAUGCUGCAAUUCUUGCCUGUGCUUUUUCUUGCUGCAUUUGGACUUUAAUUGUUGGAUUAGACUAUAAUUUAUAUGUGAAGACAUGAAAAUUUUCUGCUUAAUGUGAACUAGAACUAUUUGCUUUUA